CGGGAGCGUAGGUCUAGUGUGACGUCACGGUAGCCUAGUUGGGUUAGGUUUUACGCUGGAAAUUCUAACGAAAAAUUUUUUGUUUGACGAUUAAUGUUUUCCUCAUUGUAUCUGCUGCAUUGAGGGACGUGAAGAGUUAACGCAGUGGCGAGCAGCAAUCGUAUUUCGUAAACCGUUCGAUCGCGAGACUUCGCGCUAUCGGCGUAUAUGAGAUUUUAAACGGAAAAUGAAUCGACAUGACGGGGUAAGUUGUGACGCCUGCUUAAAGGGGAACUUUCGGGGUCGCAGAUAUAAGUGCCUCAUAUGCUACGAUUAUGAUUUGUGUGCCAACUGUUACGAAGGAGGUGCCAGUACUACGCGUCACCACAGUGAUCAUCCUAUGCAGUGCAUACUUACUAGAUCUGAGUUUGAAUUAUAUUAUGGUGGAGAGGCAGUAAGUGUAGAACAGCCACAAUCUUUAACUUGUCCUUACUGUACAAGAAUGGGUUUCACUGAAGCUACACUGCAAGAACAUGUUGCUGCAGAUCACUCAGAUACUUCUUUUGAAGUUGUUUGCCCAGUAUGUGCAUCUGUCCCAGGGGGAGAUCCUAAUAACGUGACUGAUGAUUUUGGUGGUCAUUUAAGUUUGGAGCAUCGUAGUGGACCAAGAGACUUGAUCUCUUUUCUAGAUGAACCAGCUUCAAGUAGAUAUACUGGUAGACGGAUAACACAUUCAUCUAGAGUUGUUGGUGGACCGCGGCCUCGCAGGUCCAAUAUGCAUUUCAGUUCGUCCGGAGGAUUGAGUCCGAGUAGUCGAGAAGGUAUAGAUCCAAUUACAGAAUUACUUUCUCAAUUAUCCGGUGUUCGUAGAAGUGGUGGAGGAACUGGUCAAAGUUCGUCAGCACCAUCGCAAUUACAACAGUUGCAAAUGCAGCUACAGUUGGAACGACAACAAGUUAGAGCUGCUAGACAGCAAUUGGAGCGAUUACCUAGGAGACAAACUCAGGUCCUUGGCUCUGCAAGUUGUGGAGGAAUUAUUAGUGGAAGUGGUCAUUCUACUACUAUGACUAGCGUGGUAGCAAAUAGUACGACUAGUAACAAUAAUACAACUAAUGUGGCGAACCCGUCCGGCGUAUCAUCUACUAGUUCACAGAACUAUAUGUUUUUAUUGCCAAAAUGUAUUACCAGUUCUCUCUCUGACUCACAGUUGCAAAAUAUUGAACGUGAAAGUGCAAAUAGAAGUCUUUUUACGUGCGAACUUAUUCUUGGAACGCUUUCUCAAACAUUGCCGGAGUUAACACAGGAACAAUCUGUAGCGCAAACACCAGUAUCAAGUGCAACUACUGCUACAAGCAGUCCUGAUACACCAAAUGCUAACUCUUCCUCAGUUUCUACAAAGAAAUUAAAUGUAACUCAAGAAGCGAAAAGGGAUCAAACAAUGAGUAAACAUGUAACGCAAACGUCUAUGCAACAAUCACAUACUGUUCAAACUACUACUGCUGGGAGUAUGGGGACAGGUCUUCAGAAUCAAGGAUUGCCACCAAAUUCUAAUAACCUCGCGAUACAAAAUUCACCUAUGGUUCAAACACUGAUGCACAGUGUAUUGCCUGAGUCAUUGGUAUUGCAGGAAUCACUGUCGCUACCAUAUAGUAGAACUAUCAGAGAACCGAUAGUAACCCCUGCACCAGCGUACCUUAGAGGUGGGGUCGGUCCAGUUGGCGUAACAGGUCCUUCACGUAGGAAGCCAGUUAGGGCUGUAGAUGGCAGAAACCAAUCUACGGAACCUCCGCCCCCACACUAACCCUUCCUUACCCCGUACCCACCCACCCUGAUUCCUCACAGGACCCUCUAGCACUAGUCCUAGCACUGUUUAGAACACCUCAUCAUUAUUGUUAUUAUUAUAAUAUUAUAUAUUAAUAAUUAUUCAAAUGCCCUCCUCCUCACCCUCCCUAUCUUAUCACUUUUCAAAACUCUAAUCUCGCCAUCUUUUGUCGUUACGUGACAUGGAACAAGGGCAAGGGCUGAUUCGCCGACACAUGCAAAUAAUGUAAAUAACUCACUUCUUGCAGUCAUAUACACUCCUCGUACACACUCCUCAGCGAGUCUUGCCACGUUCUACAUCGAUAUUAUUAUAUCCAUUUACAAUAACUUGAUCGAGGAUAGAGACGGGCAGGUAAAAAUAAUAACAAUAUAAUUAUAUCUUUUAGCGUUUCAUGUUUGGUGGCUGUAUGGGUUUGUUAGAACAGUUAGAUUGAUAAAAUACUCAGUUUUAUUUAACACAUAAAAUCUUGGAAAUGUAGAAACUCUAACAAUUCACAAGACGCACUGCCCGUCAUACGCACCAGUUUAGUUGUGCUUAAUUUAAACUGGUUAAAUUUUUUUGGUCAUCGUAUGUUUGAUAUAUAUAUUUUUUAAAAUUAGUUUAAUGUUAUGUGUAUCAUUGAAAUACAAAUAUGUUUUAUGGGAAAAAAUUUAUAAAUCUGCUUGGGUUGGUCCGUUUGUAUUUGAGAAAUCUUAAUCAUCGGACAAAUAUUUUAAAGCGAGCAAUUAACGAUUUUUAAUCUACAUGCUUUAUGAAAUCAUCAAAGCGCAUGUGCAUUAACGUUUUGUUAGAUGAACAUAAGUUUUAAAUAGUCAUACGAGGUUUGAAUCAUUUCAGAAAGAUAAUCCAGAACCAGUGGUUCUAAAUAAUAAGUUGGCGGGCCAUCCCUUAAUGUUAUAUAUUACUCAGGAAUUAGUACUUUAAAAUGGAGGGAUUAAGUUGGGUCUUACAUGCCAAACAAACAGAAAUCUGAAUCAUUUUCUCUUUCAAAAUUAAUCGUAUUUAUUUAAAGUAUUUGUUGGAAAGUUUAUUUUCGUUGUUGUUUUGAAUUUUUGCGUAUAUUGCGCUAGUACUACGUUUUAAAAAUAUCACGUGGUCCCCUUUCUUUUUUUUUUAAUCAUUCAUUUAUGAAUCUAUAAUCGCUCCAUUUUACAAUGUGAAAUGAAAUAAUAUUUGUAUGUGUGUUCGUUUUUUUUCCUCAAUAACAAAGGCUUUACUGAUUUGAUAUAUGUAAAAAUUAUACGCGAUAUGUCAAAGUAAAACUGGGAAUUUCUGUGUUCCAUUUCAUUGAAAUUAGUUGAAUUGAAGCUUACGAUAUAAUUAAUGUUUAUUUUAUGCAGAAAGCGUCGGAAAUGAGUACGUGCGUAUGACGCACGCAAAUGCAUUCGAAACUUGUGAAGGUUCUACUGAGAGUAGAAUUUGAAGGCGCUCGUAGGAACGAGCAAUAAUUAUUUUUCAAUUGUCUUUAACUCCUACUCAAUUUUCUUUGUUUUUUGCCUAGACUGUUAAUCACUUUAUGUAUAUUGCAUAUUGUAAUUAAUUUCCCCUUGUAUUACAUUCAGAUUCUAUGUUAAUUGAUUUGUGGGUGUAUCUGCAAGAUGUGGAUGAAAAUGAAGUAAAAUUAUACAUAUACAUAUAUACAUAUAAACUUGUAAAAAGUUAUACAAAAUAUGUAGCGCGUGAUUUCAUUUCUUUUUUGUCUUAUGCUCUCGCGUGUUCUGGCAUUCUCAGUGGUAAAUUCGAAAUCGGAUUACUUAUAACGUUACAAAAUAACCAAAGGUGUUGAAAAAAUCAUACAUUUCGUUCUUUUUUAUUUUCCUGGAUCUUUCAGUGUCGAUAGUAAUUUAAUAUCUUCUUUUAAAUGCACUAUUUGCUUUAUGCACCUAUUUUUCGGACACUUCUAAUAAUUUCUCGUAUUCCACUGUGAUGUGUGAAUUGGAAACAAGAUAUAUAAAAUAGUGAAGCAACAAUGUAAAGAAAGAAGAUGAAAAGUGUACUAAUUGCCUUAACGCGAAAUACCUGAAAGGGAAAAAAUUCAGCCUUUUGUGGAAUGCGUGAUUAAUCAAAAGAAUCCUUUACACGUGAUAUACUUCAUACAAAAGUAAUGCUGUAUACUUAUCUAAACUAAAUAAAUAUGUGCAUAUCCCCCCAAAAAAAGAAAAGAAAAAAAACUAUAAGAUGCAGAUAUUAAGAGAGAAAUAAUGAACUUCGCAUAUAUUAAUGUGCACAUUUCGAUGACUGAUAAGCUAGUUAUUUUUCAAAUUUUACACGAAUUCAUAAGCGUAUAAUCUCAGAACGAAGCAAGACUCCAACAAGCACGUUUAAUACAAAAACCAAUUACAUUAAUUAAAAGGAAGGAAAGGAAGAAAUAAAUAACAUGAUUUGCUAUGUACUAAAAUAACUUCGUAUAAAGUCGAAAAUUUCAACUGGGUGUUUUUUUUUCUUCUAUUCUUGAUACUUGCGAACUUAUGUUCCCCUUGUUUCCACGUCACUUCAGGAUUAUAAAAUUUUUGGAUUUUUACACUUCUAUUUUACUAUUAAUAUUAUUUUAUUACAUUUAUUGUCAUUAUGUACUAUACGAUGUAGCAGGAAAAAUAAUUUCUAUAUAUUUCCUUAUCAGAAGAAAGAUUUCGAAGGACAGUGUAACGCCUUUUCCAACAGCUUUUUACAUUAUAUAUAAAUAUAAAUAUAUAUAUAUAUAUAUAUAUAUAUUUAUAUAUUUAUAUAUAUAUAAUAUACAUUUAUUCAUAAGGACGAAAAGGUGCCUCGGAGUAUCGUCGUAAUUCUCACGUUCUUUCUAUUUUUUUUUUUUUUUUAUGUGAUUAACACCUAUGUAAUUAAAUACUUUUCCUUUUCUUCAUUCAUACAUAUAUAGAAAAAACGUAAAAAAAACUUAGGUAACUCAAGGAUCUCGGUCUAUGUAGUAGAAAGUUUUGAGAUUGGGCGUCUUUGAAAGAAAGUUUCGAUGCUUUGUAAAGAUAUCGACGAUUCUCCUGGAUAUCCUUUGUAGGAGAAAAAACAAAAUAACAUGAUUAAAAAAUUAUUCUUGUGAAUGGAGUAACGAACAGAAAAAAAAUAUUCUUGGGUGGAUUAAACGUUUGUUUUUAUCACGUCCUUCAUCCGUAUGUUAUCUCGAGUGUCAGGAAAGAGAAAUUUUCUGUGAAUUUUCGAAUUUUAAUCGAAACCAUUACGCCCGACGAAUUAACAAAAAAGAAAAGAAAGAAAGGGGAUGAGAAGACUUCGCUAGAACAGGUCUUUUGUCCGUAGCCAAUGUCUACAACGAAUUUCAUGAAAAUCAGAAAUGAAUGAUGGAAUUGAAAUUCAAAAAUGAGAAAAAGAAACAAAAAAGAAAAAAAAAGAAAUAUGGUGGAAAAACUGUGAAACGCGUACGACAUUUUCCCCUUUUCUAUUCGGCGAAGAGAUUCUCCUUCUAACGAAUUGAAAUUUCGAUUUAUAUUUAUCUAUAUUUUACGUAUCAUUGCCUACUGUAUGCAUAUAAAUAAUAUAUAUUAUACAUGCUUAUAUAUAAAUAUAUAUAUACAUGUGUGUAUACACACAAACAUACAUUUAAGUAAAUGUGUGUAUACACUUACGCACAUGUACAACAGCGACUAGUUGCGUUUGUGCGUAGAUCUGUAUUGUUUUAAUUGUAAUCAAUCGUGCGUGUGCAUACGUAUCGAAGAAAAAGUUAUGUAAACGACUAAAAAUAGAGAGAAAAUUGCUGUAAGCUGGGGACAAAAGUGAUUGGGAACGCGAACAUACGCAACUUAUCGUAGCGAAGAAAAAUAAAAGUUUUAAAUUUAAUUAAAAAUCUCGAUAAUUUAUCGUAUUACGCUCUCAUUACGAUACCGUUUCUUAUCAUUAUAAUCGAUUAUUAGCGACUAAUAAUAAUAGGGCUUCUAUGUAGAUAAUGGCCCAAUAACGCAGGAGGAGUCUGACUGUGUGUAUAUAUAUAUAUAUAUUAUUAAUAUGAUAAUUUUAAUGAAGGGGAUGUGUCGUUGAGAUUAAUAAUGCUGUAUUAUUAACAUCGCGCGAAUCAAUUAAAAAUCACUCAGAAAACUGUACUUUAUCGCUAAGAAGCUAUCUGAUAAAAAAAAGAAAAAAAUUACAAAAAAAAAAGAAAUUAUGAUAAACGUGAGAAAGGAACUUUCUUUUCUUUUUUAUUAAAAAUAUUUAUUAUGCUAUAUUUUUCACAGUAUUUUUGUACUGUGAUAUAAUACGGAUAUGCACGAUCAAGAACUGUCGCAACGUUGCCUUCCUCACGUUAGAGUUUCCGUUCCCUUGAAAAAAUGUCGCAGUAACUAUCAGUCAGCGAAAAGAAUACGAUAUGAGUAGAAAGGAAAAAAGAUAUAUAUAUGUCUUUAAUAUUGAAUAAAGUCAAAUCAGAACUAGUUACAAGGUAACUUUGAAAUACUAGUUACAAUAUUAUCGUACAAUUCAUCUGCUAUACGCAAAUGCGACUAACGUCAUCAGUAAGUGCGAGUAAAAUCUUUAAUUCAUCACUAAUUUGAUUAAAAAAGAAAAAAAGAAUCAUGUCGUAUUCAAGACUCCCGUCUUGAUCCAAAGAUAAGUAAAAAAUUUGAGCGCAUUAUUUUCUUCGAGGCAUAUUACGAUAUCGUAAGAUUAAUCGGUACAUAUUUUUCGCGAAACUCUGACGAGUUUUGAUCGUAAUCCUAGCCAAAGGAAGAAGCGAGUGGUGUACGGAGGAGAGCACGAUAGAAAAAAAUUUGUAGGAGUUAGCAAAGCGCAUAUAUAUGUAUGUAACACUAGAAAGAAAAGUGGGUUAAAACACAAUGUAGCGGCUUCUGUGGCCCAUCUAAAGAUCUAAACGAUUUUUCUUUCUGCAUUAUUUUGUUUUACGUGAUCAAGGGUGGUGUACGGGAUAGGAGGGUAGAAUCAAAACAGAAAGUUGAUGUCAUGAAGCCUCCCACACAAAGUCCUUUCUAGUUCGUCGGGCAAACAGAAACAGUAUAAGAAUGAACGAGAGAAAAAGCUGUAUGUAUACAUACGCGUGUAUGUGUGUGCCUGUACAUGAAGAACAGAAGGAGAAAAACGUUUUGAUUUUUUCUUCCUUUCUUUACUUUUCUUUUUUUAUUUCCUUGAAUGUAAUUUCCACUUUACGAAUUUCUCGGUUGAAGAAAAAAUAGACACCGAUUUUAUCGUUUUAGAAAUAGACACCCAGCCAGGCUGAAGCGAAAUAAAAGAAGAAAGAGAGAAAUAGAAAGUACAUCUUCGAACACACAGACACUGACCUGCGUUGCAAUUAGUAUUAUUGCAAACUUACUGGAGUUAUGAACUUAUUGGCACGGCUGCAUUAACCGUGAUCCACUGCCUGAGCUAAAGAAAUUAAAAAAUAAAUCAUAAUAAGCAUUCAGCGGCUUUAUGUAUGUAAGCUUCGAAAUAAUGUUCACUCUUCGUUGCGAAAAAAGAAACAGACUUUCGUGUGUAAAUCUUGGAAGGACAAAAUGGUGGUAGAUGCCCUAGUUGUAUCAUGCAAGGCUGAUCUCUUUGCGAUCGGUAUAGUAUUAGGUAUCACACAGUCGUUGUGCAUUUCACAAGAUUACCUUAAUUCGGCCUUGCUCGUCGGUACAUGCAGUCAAGCAGCAGCUAUUUUGUCGGGGAAAUCUAGAGCCUUUGAUUUUCUUAUUUUCGACAAAGUUGCUACUAAAGGCAUCGUGUAUCGACGUACUUGAAUUUUUGCUAAACGAUCUUUUCCUAAGCCUGCUCGAAUACAUACAUAAUAAAAUUACAGUGCGAGAGAUUGUUCGCGGAUUUUUACUUGAUUUUUAAAAAAAGAUAAAGAAAUCGACCGAUACACAUAAAAAUGUACGGACGUAAUGAACGAAAGUGAGAAAGAAAAGAGAGAAAGAACGAGAGCACGAACGAAAGAAAUUACGAUGAUAAAACAGAAAUAUUGUGCGUGACAUGUUGAAGUGGAAUGUGUUGAUGAAUAUUACUAUUAAAGUAAUAAUAGAGAAUUAAAGUGAAAUCUUAUACAUAAUAAUUAUUGAAAUGUAAAUUGUGUUUGGUUGUAUUUUGUGUUAUUCGCCUCUGAUGCUAAAUAUAAUGGAAAUUCGAUUAAA